ACUGAGGGGCUGCUGAGGGGGGCAGGCGUCGUCGGCCAUAUUCAUUAGAGGUUCGGUAAAGCGUGGUGGUUGGGCCUAGUGCUAGAUACGAUGUCCUCGCGGUACUCGCGACCUCCUAACUCCUCACUUUUUAUUCGAAACGUGCCUGAUGGCACUAGACCGGACGACCUGCGCAGUUUAUUUGGUAAAUAUGGACCCUUAACCGAUGUCUAUAUACCAGUGGACUACUACACUCGUAGGCCUCGGGGUUUUGCAUACGUGCAGUUUGAAGAUCUCCGGGAUGCCGAAGAUGCCAUGUAUUCACUGGACCGCACCCGGUUCUAUGGGCGUGAGCUCGAAAUAGAGUUCGCACAGGGAGACCGCAAAACUCCAUCUGAAAUGAGGGGAAGGGAGCGGAUGCGGCGGACUCGCUCUCCUUAUGGCCAUGGACGUCACGAUGAUCGUGGCAGGAGGCGCUCGCGCAGUCGGUCACCCUAUGCUCGAGACAAAAGUCCUAGGCGAAGCCGGAGGCACUCUUACAGUCGAUCUCGAUCACGUUCAAGGUCGCGGGACAGGAGGAGGCAGAGUUACUCUCCCAGGAGGUCAAGGUCUUACAGCAGGUCCCGAUCUCGCUCCCAGUCAUCACAUCUGGGCAGCAAGGGCAAAAGCCGGGACAGAUCACCCUACGAGAUCAUUGAUGAAAGCCGUGAAAAGUCUCGAAGCAAAUCGCCAGAGUGACUUCAGCUGCCUUGUUCCAAUGAAUGCAACUGUGCUGAACUUGUGUGCACCCUCUGAAAUUGUAGCGGAAAUAGCUACAUCACUUUCAUUUUGCUAUCUCUCUUCAGAUUUCACCUGUGCUGGAAAAUGCCACCCACUCUUGCUUUUUUCGACCUGCCCAUUGAAACACCGUUUUGUCAUGUCAUUUUCUGGUAGAAGUGCUGUUUUGCUUGAGCUUUUUGCAAUGUACAAAUCGCUUUGUCCUUAGCGUACAUUCUUUUGUCGAUACACUGUGCAGAGCUGUGUACAUAUGUUUUCCCUAUUAAAAUAUGGUUCAUGUGAACCGGAAUGAAC